GAGCAGGGCUCUCGCAUUUGUUUUGGCGCAUCGACCAGCUCCCGCUGCCAUAAACACCACGCAAGGUGCCGCACAGCUCACUGGACGUCGACAGCAAACAGUAAUCAUGAAGCUUGCUCUUGCCUUCCUUGGCGCGACGGCCGUCGCGUUCACGGCCCCGCAGACGACGUCGACGCGCGCCGCCACGCAGCUAUGCGCGUACGUACCGUCGGGCAUGGACCCCGCCGCCUACGCGGCCCUCAAGAAGAAGGAGGCCGCCGCGUCGAAGAAGUCGGACCGCAAGGCCUACAAGUCCCGAUCGUUCAACUCCUUCGUCGAAGCGAUGGAGAAGGGCGAGGCCACGCACCUCUUCGCCGUCGACCCGCGCAAGAUCAAGUCCGGCGAAGUGCCCAUCGAGGAGGUGCCGUACAUGCAGCGACGCGGUGGUUCGUGGGACGGGUCCGACCUCAAGGGCGCCGCGCUCCGCCGCGCGAAGAAGAAGCAGUCGCAGGGCAUGUACACGGCCGGCAAGUGGCUCGACUCGGACCGCGAGUACGAGAAGAACGGGCCGGGCGUGAUGUCGUUCUUCACGCAGUUCAACGGCGGCAAGCAGGACAAGGUCGAGGACCGCGCGAGGCAGAACGGCAUCUCGCAGGACGCGCAGCUCUGGCGCGACGCCGGCGCGCUGUCGGCGAAGCAGGCCUCGAAGAUCAAGGCGUCGAAGCUCGGCGAGGAGAAGAAGUUCUUCGGCCUGUUCUAGGUCCCCCGGUCUGUACCCUGUUGUGUGUGUCGCGCAUCGGAAUCAUAAAUAUAGUGAAAACUUAACUUACACGAAUCU